AUGUCCAAUUCCACCACCCAGAACAAGGCCGAGCCCUCCGACCAGCCCCAACAGCAAAAGAAGCCCCAGGUCUUGGAAGAAGACGACGAGUUUGAAGAUUUCCCCGUUGAGGACUGGCCCCAGGAAGAAGCGGAGCAGGCCGCCGGAUCAGCAGCCAACGGUGGAAGCGAGCAUCUGUGGGAGGAGAGCUGGGACGAUGACGAUGCCGCGGAGGACUUUUCUAAGCAGUUGAAGGAGGAACUCAAGAAAGUCGAGGCAUCGCACUAA